UAGCUCCUCGUCCUCUCCCGCUCCACCACGGUCACUGUACGAGUCGUCACUUCGACCGGCGCCAUGGCUACGAUUCAAGAGUCGGAAGUUGGGCCGAACAUGCAAGAAACAACACCAUUGUUAUCGCGCACACAAUCAAAAGAGGCAAAGGAGGGUUCACACGGACUCUCCGUACAGUGGCGUCUGAUGCUUUGUGCCUUCCUGGUCUCACUCUCCUUUGGCAUUACCCAGGUGCCACUCUUAUACGUUUUCCGCGUGAUGACAUGCGAUGCAUACUACGAGGACCCGCACCACGUCCGCGAUCCUGCGGCGAAAGAUGUCUGCGCGAAGCAUGAGAUUGAGGCCAGCACAGCGCGAUCUGUUGCUCUUCUCGCCGGAUCGACGACCUUGUUUGGCCUGGUCAACCUCAUCAUUACUGGCUGGACUAUCAAGCGUUUAGGCGUUAAGAAGGCACUCGUAAUCCAAAUAUUCUGGCCUGCAGUAAGAUUGCUCGUGCAGAACAUUGGUGUGUCGAGAGGGUCCAGCACAGGCAUCUUGAUUGUGCAAGCCAGCCAAAUCAUCACCAUUGUUGGCGGACCCAAUGGCUACGUGCUCGCUCUCAACUCGUUCGUUGCAGAUGUUGUAGAGCAUGAGGAUCGCACAGGCGCUCUGGGCCGCCUUCAAGGCUGCAUGCUUUUCGGUGCGGCGGUUGGCUUUUUGAUUGGAGGACUCGUCGGAGAAGCCUUUGGAGUUAUAGCACCGUUCCGCAUGACAGUGGUCUUGUUUCUACUCUCGUGUGUUUACGUCACGGUCUGCCUCCCUUCUACACCGCCGCACGAGGAAAAAGACAAUCACACGGAUCCUGCGCCAAACGGUCUUGGGCGCUUUUUUGGUCCAUUAAGAAUAUUCACCCCUCAAAAGUGGACGCUUGUGGACGGCCGCAUGAGUGUACAGUUCGGGGCACUUACACUCGGUCUUGGUGUCUUUCUGGGCAUUCUGGCCACCGGCUACAUACCUACGCUGCUACAAAUGUAUGCCACUGACGAAUUCGAAUUUGGCACCCGGGCCAACGGUUGGCUCAUCUUCAUGUACUCUUCCUUGCGAGGUUUCUUCCUGGCCUUCGUUUUCCCCCGUAUCAUCGCAUUCGGGAGAAGGUGUAUGGAACCAAAAGCUGCUUCUCCAGCCAAUCUGGCGGAGACCCAACCACUACUCGGCGGACUACCAUCACCGAACGAAGUCGGGCCCGUGGAAAGUGAUUCAACAUCGAUUGCAUCCCCACGACCUGAGCAGAAGCAAACAUUCGCUUUUGAUCUUAUGUACGCUAGGUUCAGUCUUCUUCUCGACGGGGCCAUGACAGGACUCGCCGUAUUCGUCUCACAGGGUUAUCAGCUCUUCAUCGUAGCAGCGCUUCUUCCUCUCGCAGCUGGGACAGCUGCUGCAUCAAAAGGGACAAUCCUACAGAUGCUUCCCAACAAUCAGCGCGUCGAUGCGUUGAGCGGAAUCACCCUCGUCGAAAACAUUGCAAGACUUUCUACCACUGCCGUCUUUGGUCUGGUCUUCGCUGCGCUCGCGGAAGUUGGGAAAAUCCCCUUGGUCUUUGUGUGCAAUGCUGCUGUGGCAUUGCUCGGCUUUACAGUCCUCCUCUUAUCGCGAUUUCCGCCCACUGGCAGUCGGAGGGCAGAACUUGGGUAAUGCUCCCGGUCAAGCUAUGCGUCACCCGCCUCAUAAUCAUGGUCAUUGCCAUAAUCGCCGCUCGGCGGGAUAUGUUUCGUGUAUAUCAGAAGCGCAGAUGUUCAGCACGUGUCUCUAAAGAAUUUCAGCACAGGAGCUGAAGUAUCGAGAGCUGCUGAUCUUUACUUGGUGACCAGCAAAGAGUCUGGUCGGUGGAACUGAUACCGAGCCAAUCGAGUAUGACAGUACAGACUAAGUAUUGUCGCCUGGCACCACGGGUUGAAUCCAUCAAUGUGACAGAAGCGACAAGCACGGUCAGGAUGAAACCCAAGCGAAGGCUCAACGAAACCGAUUGGCCAUGCAACUGUGCGAUCUGCGGAGGGAGGCAAUAUAUAGAUCGAAAGAUUUCCAUUUCGUAAGGUUUCGGGCCAAUAUUACAU